GAAGCUCGUAAUCACAAAACGCUUCUUCAAGAGCACUACUAGCACCAAAUUUGAGAGAUAGACAGACGAAGACGAAGGAAGGCUCCAAAUUCAUCACCUAAUUGUAUUGAGUUGUCGUUUAAUUGGCUCAAUCAAGUGCAUACUUUCUCCCUCUAUAACCUGCACUCUCCUCCUCAAUGGAGGACGCCUUCGCUAGAUCCGUCUCCGAGGUUCUGGAGUUCUUUGCAGUGGACCCAAGCAAAGGUCUUACGGAUUCUCAGGUUGCAGAGCAUGCCAGAUUAUAUGGUCGAAAUGUGCUGCCUCAAGAACAAAGCACUCCUUUUUGGAGAUUAGUGCUGAAGCAGUUUGACGAUUUGCUGGUUAAAAUAUUAAUUGCAUCUGCUGCUGUAUCCUUCCUUUUGGCAUUGAUGAAUGGAGAGACAGGGUUAUCAGCCUUUGUGGAGCCCUCUGUGAUACUGAUGAUAUUGGCUGCAAAUGCUGCUGUAGGAGUAAUUACAGAAACAAAUGCUGAAAAGGCUCUUGAGGAACUGCGUGCUUACCAAGCUGAUGUUGCCACUGUCCUGCGAAAUGGUUGCUUUUCAAUAUUACCUGCAACAGACCUUGUUCCUGGAGAUAUUGUGGAAGUUUGUGUUGGAUGCAAAAUUCCAGCAGAUAUGAGAAUGAUAAAGAUGCUUAGUGAUCAUCUACGUGUUGAUCAAGCUAUUCUGACAGGUGAGAGCUGUUCUGUGGAGAAAGAGCUUGAUUCUACAAUUGCUACAAAUGCUGUAUACCAGGAUAAGACAAACAUCCUUUUCUCGGGAACAGUUGUUGUUGCUGGCAGGGCAAAGGCUGUUGUAGUUGGUGUUGGCUCUAAUACUGCGAUGGGAAGCAUACGUGAUUCCAUGUUGAGAACUGAGGAUGAAGUGACACCAUUGAAGAAGAAGUUGGAUGAAUUUGGAACUUUUUUGGCCAAGGUUAUUGCUGGUAUAUGUUUAUUGGUUUGGAUUGUGAACAUUGGUCAUUUUCGGGAUCCUGCCCAUGGCGGUCUUUUGAGAGGUGCUAUACAUUACUUUAAGAUUGCUGUUGCACUUGCAGUGGCUGCAAUUCCUGAAGGGCUUCCUGCUGUUGUUACAACGUGUUUAGCACUUGGAACGAAGCGAAUGGCUCGCUUAAAUGCUAUAGUAAGAUCCUUGCCAUCUGUAGAGACCUUGGGCUGCACAACAGUUAUAUGCAGUGACAAGACUGGUACCCUGACUACCAAUAUGAUGUCCGUCUCAAAGAUAUGUGUACUUCAGUCUGUAAAUCAUGGUCCCAUUGCUGCCCAGUAUAGUGUGAGUGGCACAACCUAUGCCCCAGAAGGUUUUAUCUUUGACAGCAAUGGUAUUCAGCUUGAGAUUCCCGCCCAGUAUCAUUGUCUCCUCCACAUAGCAAUGUGUUCAGCUCUUUGUAAUGAGUCUGUGAUACAAUACAAUCCUGAAAAGAGGAACUAUGAAAAAAUUGGUGAAUCAACCGAAGUCGCCCUCCGGGUAUUAGCAGAAAAGAUUGGUCUUCCUGGGUUUGAUUCCAUGCCUUCUGCUUUGAAUAUGCUAAGCAAGCAUGAAAGGGCAUCUUAUUGUAACCGUUAUUGGGAGAACCAAUUCAAAAAGAUAUCUGUGUUGGAAUUUUCUCGUGAUCGCAAGAUGAUGAGUGCCCUUUGUAGCCGGAAGCAGAUGGAUAUCAUGCUCACUAAAGGUGCUCCAGAGAGUAUACUUCCUCGAUGUACAACUAUCCUAUGCAAUGAUGAUGGUUCCACUGUUCCUCUAACCGCAGCAAUAAGAGCCGAGCUGGAAUCAAGAUUCCAUAGUUUUGCAGGGAAAGAAACCUUAAGAUGCUUGGCUCUGGCCUGGAAAAAGAUGCCUACGGGUCAACAGGCUCUCUCGUUUCAUGAUGAAAAGGAACUUACAUUUAUUGGGUUGGUUGGAAUGCUUGAUCCACCAAGAGAGGAAGUAAGAAAUGCUAUAGCUUCAUGCAUGACUGCUGGUAUACGUGUUAUUGUUGUCACUGGAGAUAAUAAGACCACUGCAGAAUCUGUGUGCCAAAAAAUUGGUGCCUUCAAUCACUUAGAAGAUUUUGCAGGGCACUCUUACACUGCUUCUGAGUUUGAACAACUUCCAGCAUUGCAAAAAACCAUGGCAUUGCAACGAAUGUCACUUUUUACCAGGGUUGAACCAUCUCACAAAAGGAUACUUGUUGAAGCUUUGCAACAUCAAAAUGAGGUGGUUGCUAUGACUGGUGACGGAGUCAAUGAUGCCCCUGCACUGAAGAAAGCAGACAUUGGAAUUGCAAUGGGAUCAGGAACAGCUGUUGCCAAGAGUGCAUCAGAUAUGGUUUUGGCUGAUGAUAAUUUUGCAACAAUCAUUGCAGCUGUUGCAGAGGGAAGGGCUAUUUAUAACAACACAAAGCAGUUCAUCAGAUACAUGAUAUCUUCAAAUAUUGGUGAAGUAGUUUGUAUUUUCUUUGCAGCAGUACUUGGGAUACCUGAUACCCUUAUGCCUGUCCAGCUGCUUUGGGUAAAUUUGGUCACUGAUGGGCUGCCUGCAACAGCAAUUGGAUUCAAUAAGCAAGACUCGGAUGUUAUGAAGGCUAAACCCCGUAAGGUCAAUGAAGCAGUGGUGUCUGGAUGGCUGUUCUUUCGUUAUUUGGUUAUUGGAGCAUAUGUUGGACUUGCUACUAUUGCUGGAUUCAUAUGGUGGUUUGUGUACUCUGAUAGUGGGCCUAAAAUUCCAUACAGUGAAUUGAUGAAUUUUGAUAGCUGUUCAACAAGGGAAACUGCUUAUCCAUGCAGCAUAUUUGGCGAUCGGCAUCCAUCAACUGUUUCAAUGACAGUGCUUGUUGUGGUCGAGAUGUUCAAUGCCUUGAAUAAUCUUAGUGAAAAUCAGUCCCUCCUUGUCAUUCCUCCCUGGAGUAACUUGUGGCUAGUUGCUUCGAUUGUCCUGACAAUACUCCUCCACAUGCUUAUUCUAUAUGUGCAGCCAUUAGCAGUCCUUUUCUCUGUUACACCAUUAAGUUGGUCAGAGUGGACAGUUGUGUUGUACCUUUCAUUUCCUGUUAUAAUAAUUGAUGAGAUACUGAAGUUCUUCUCAAGAAAUUCUGGCUUAAGGUUCACCUUUAGAUUUCGGAGAGGAGAUUUACUUCCAAAAAAGGAGUUGCGUGACAAGUAACAAAGAGUGCUGGCCAACUCCUAAGUUUUCUGAUGGAGGCGAAUUGGAAUUUGCAUUAUGUAUUGCAAGGGAUUUCAUCUGAGCUCUGGAUAUCCAUUAUACUGUAGUUUUAAUGGUUCGAAAGCCCUGUAGUUUUGUAACCACAAAGAGGAGAGCUGGAAAAGCUACACUUCUCCGCAUCAAUUUUGACCAGUUACGGAAGAAGUUGACUGUUUUGGUGGGUGACCGCUCCAGGGAUCGGAGCGAAUUGAUUGUAAUUAUAUCUCGGAACUAGCAAAAUUACUGAUGGCACAAUAAUUUUCGAAGUUAUAAAGCGUUAUUCAUUCUUCCUUCCCUUUUGGGGAGUUUCAAGUA